UGCGUCUGCCGACCGUGGUUGGCUUGGCAGUGGAGGGGAGUGGAGAGAUAAGGCGCACUACGGCAGAGGUGCGACACCUCGCCACCCGAUCCCGUCACCUCCUCCCACUUCGCUUCGCCAUUAACGCGGGUCGGAUAGCUCGACCCCUUCUUGAUUCCUCCAGCUGCUCCUCGAUUCCGCUUCCUGAUCCCUCCUUGUCGUUUCUGCGUCGCAACAAAUUCGACGUCUCCCGCAUCUCUGCCACUCGAGAUACCUCCGCUCGUCGCCGUCGUCGCGCUCUUUGCGCUUUUCUCUUCCGCUGUUGCUGAUCUCGAGAGCUUCCCUAGGGGACGUUCCGCUCGACUUCGUGGUCGGAAUGGCUUCGGCCUCCUGUCCUUCCCUGUGUAUUCCUGCUACCUCGUUCCGUGAUCCACGCAAGGUGGCGCUUCUGUCCAAGUCCCGACCUCCGCGGUUUCCGCCAGCGGCGGCACGAUGUUCGCUGGAUAGCCAGGUUUCGGAUAUGAGAAAUAACGCUCCAAAAGGUUUAUUUCCACCAGAACCUGAAGUCUACACAGGGCCUAAGCUUAAAGUUGCAAUUGUUGGAGGUGGGCUUGCUGGCAUGUCAACUGCAGUUGAGCUUUUGGAUCAAGGACAUGAGGUUGACAUCUAUGAAAGCAGACCUUUUAUUGGUGGAAAAGUGGGCUCUUUCGUUGAUAAGCAAGGAAAUCAUAUUGAAAUGGGAUUGCAUGUAUUUUUUGGCUGCUACAGCAAUCUUUUCCGUCUUAUGAAAAAGGUAGGUGCUGAUGAAAAUUUGUUGGUUAAGGAUCACACUCACACCUUUGUGAACAAGGGGGGUAAACUUGGUGAACUUGAUUUUCGGUUUCCUUUGGGGGCACCAAUUCAUGGAAUACGAGCAUUUCUAGCAACCACACAACUAGAGCUCUAUGAUAAAUCACGGAAUGCUUUUGCCCUUGCUCUAAGCCCUGUUGUUCGAGCUCUUGUUGAUCCUGACGGUGCAUUGCAAGAGAUAAGGGACCUAGAUACUAUUAGUUUUUCUGAUUGGUUUUUGUCGAAAGGAGGUACACGUACGAGUAUUCAGCGAAUGUGGGAUCCUGUUGCGUAUGCUCUUGGAUUUAUUGACUGUGAUAAUAUAAGUGCCCGAUGUAUGCUCACUAUUUUUGCACUUUUUGCUACCAAGACAGAAGCUUCCUUAUUGCGAAUGUUGAAGGGUUCUCCUGAUGUAUAUUUAAGUGGGCCUAUAAAAAAAUAUAUAAUGGAGAAAGGUGGCAGGUUUCACUUGAGAUGGGGCUGUAGGGAGAUACUAUAUGAGAAAUCACCUGAUGGCGAGACAUAUGUCACUGGCCUUGCUAUGUCGAAGGCUACACACCAGAAAAUUGUGAAAGCUGACGCAUAUGUUGCAGCAUGUGAUGUUCCUGGUAUUAAAAGAUUGCUUCCAUCUAAGUGGAGAGAGUGGGACAUGUUUGACAAUAUCUACAAAUUAGUUGGAGUCCCAGUUGUCACGGUUCAGCUGCGGUACAAUGGAUGGGUAACAGAGCUGCAAGAUUUUGAGAUAUCAAGACGACUGACUCAAGCUGUAGGGUUGGACAACCUUCUUUACACCCCAGAUGCAGAUUUUUCUUGCUUUGCGGACCUUGCACUUUCAUCACCAGAAGAUUAUUACAUCGAAGGGCAAGGCUCACUUAUCCAAGCUGUACUAACACCUGGUGACCCCUACAUGCCAUUGCCUAACAAUGAGAUAAUCGAAAAAGUCCAAAAGCAGGUCUUAAAUUUGUUCCCCUCCUCUCGAGGAUUAGAAGUUACUUGGUCGUCAGUUGUUAAAAUUGGGCAAUCUUUGUAUCGCGAGGCACCUGGAAAAGACCCAUUUAGGCCAGAUCAAAGGACACCAGUCAAAAACUUUUUCCUUUCUGGUUCUUAUACAAAACAGGAUUACAUUGAUAGCAUGGAAGGCGCAACUCUGUCCGGCCGGCGGGCAGCAGCCUAUGUCUGCAAUGCCGGGGAAGAACUAGCAGCUCUGAGAAAGAAGCUUGCUUCCGACAAUCUGGGAACGACGGAAAAAGACUGGAACACGGCUGAAGAACUGAGCCCGGUUUGAAGAUUUGGUCAGUUUUCUUUGCCCAUAUGGUGCAUCACCAUUGAAUUGUUGCAGCCUCUAAAACAAUCUUCAUAUCUGAUAGUUGUGUAUCUGUUUUUUAGGACCAAAUUACAUAUGGCAUACGGUAUUAAUUCAGGCAAAUGACAAAUAAAGUUAUUGAGAAGAAAUAAAUAAAUCUUUGUUGUAUUA